AUGGAGGAUGAUCCGGCUUCUCCUGCCAGCAAGGCCCCGUCCCCGCUGAGCUGUAUCCGGAUGGUCCAGGCGGGCUGGUCGGAGAAGGAAGAUGGGGCCUGGGAGCGGAGCGGAAGCGUGCGGGAUUCAGCGAUGGUGGGGAGCUCUCCAGGGCGACCCGGGAGUUCUCCCCCUCUUUGCCCUGCCACCCCCCAGGACACUGAUGGGACAGGACAGAACCAGAACGGGGGAGAAGAGGAGGUGGUGUCCCCUCUGUGCCAGGAGCCCCUCCAGUCCCCGGCUCCAGGGGAGCCACAGCCCCGCAGGCCGUUCCGGCGGAAGCACCGGCUGUACAUGAAGCUGGCCCCUGGCAAGGUUACUGUGUCCCCAAGCCAGGACAGGGGGCAGCCAGCCACUGCCGAGGAGCCAGGGCCCUCCCAGGGCAAAAGGCUACGGCUGCUGCGAGGCCAAGCCAGCAACUUCCGGAGGAAGAAAAGACCCUUGGAGAAUGGCCAGGAGGCAGGGCCUGGCAACGUGGGGCCCUCCCUCCCACUCCGCCAGUGCAGUGGGGAGGAGGGGCAGGACCCGGCACCAGAGGGGGAGGAGGCGGCGCAGGGCUUGGCAUUGAAGCGGGAGGAGGAGGAGGGGCAGGGCCUGGCAAUGAAGCGGGAGGAGGAGCAAGACCAGGGCCUGGCACUGGAGUGGGGGGAGGAGGAGAAGAGGUUCGGCUCCCCCAGGUUGGCUGGGCCUGGCACCGCCCGCCCCAAGCCGGACUUCGUGCAGCUGAUCGAUGAGCACGGGAUCUACUCCACGGCCAAGCUGGUGCUGGGCAGCGCGGCGGGCGAGCUGGACGAGGGGGUGGUGCUGCCUCCACACCUGAGGCGGGCAGGCCCCCAGCUGGAGAUCCGGGAGGUGAUCGUGGACGACAAGCCCUUCGCGUGCAGCGUGUGCGAGAAGACCUUCAAGCGGGCCUGGGAGCUGUUCAGCCAUGAGGUGGUGCACAACGAGGAGCGGCCCUUCCACUGCGACCUCUGCGAGGCCUCCUUCAAGCGCCACUCGGACUUCAAGAGCCACCGGCUGGUGCACACCGAGGAGCGGCCCUUCCACUGCGAGAUGUGCGGCAAGAAGUUCAAGCGCUCGUCCAACCUCCAGGAGCACCGGCGCAUUCACACCGGCGAGCGCCCCUACCAGUGCGCCUGCUGCGACAAGAGCUUCAAGACGCCCUACGAGCUGCAGCGCCACAUGCUCACCCACUGCACCGAGAAGCCCUUCAAAUGCGGCGACUGCGGGAAGGACUUCCCCACCUCCAACUCGCUGCUGCUGCAUCAGCGCCAGCACUGCGACGACAAGCCCCACGUCUGCGGCGUCUGCGGCAAGAAGUUCACCUACGGUCACAGCCUCAAGGUGCACGAGCGGGUUCACACCGGCGACCGGCCCUUCGUCUGCCCCAUUUGCGGCAAGGGCUUCAAGCAGUCCAACGCCCUCUCCUCGCACGAGCGGGUGCACACUGGCGAGCGCCCCUUCGUCUGCAAGACCUGCGGCAAAGCCUUCAAGCAGUCAUCCUACCUGGUGAUCCACGAGCGCUCGCACACGGGCGAGCGGCCCUACAAGUGCGAGGUGUGCCAGAAGGCCUUCGCCCGGCCCUCGCUGCUGCUGCAGCACCACCGGGUGCAUAGCGAGGAGCGCCCCUACAAGUGCAGCUUCUGCGACAAGUUCUUCAAGGACCUGGCCUACCUGACGGUGCACGAGAAGGUGCACACGGGCGAGACCCCCUACAAGUGCAGCGUCUGCGACAAGGGCUUUGCCCACCCCUCCAACCUGCUGCAGCACCAGCGUGUGCACCGCGACGGCUGA